AUGAUCAGACAUGCAUUACGAAGACAGCUAGUCAAUACUGCCAGGACACCAGCAGUUACAAAACGGUAUGCUCACGCUCCGGUAGCAUUCAAUUGGGAAGAUCCACUGGAUUCCACCUCUCUGUUCACUGAAGAGGAAUUGGCCAUAGAAGAGACUGCAUACUCAUACUGUCAAGAACGCAUGCUUCCACGAGUCCUUGACGCCUACAGAGAUGAGCAUUAUGAUCGAAAGAUUUUGGAAGAGAUGGGCGAGUUGGGGCUUCUCGGCGCAACAAUCAAGGGCUACGACUGUGCUGGCGUCAGCAGCGUUGCCUCGGGGCUUAUCACCAGAGAGGUAGAAAGAGUAGACUCUGGCUACCGCUCGGGGAUGUCGGUUCAAAGUUCGCUGGUUAUGGGCGGUAUAGACGAGUUUGGGACAAAAGAACAAAAAGACAGAUUCCUCCCUGGCAUGGCCAAGGGAAAGAUGUUGGGCUGUUUUGGUCUGACAGAACCUAAUCAUGGCUCUGAUCCCGGGUCAAUGGAGACCACGGCCAAACCACAUCCCUCGAAGGAGGGAUACUUGUCGUUGUCGGGCUCAAAAACAUGGAUCACAAAUUCCCCAAUAGCUGAAGUCAUGCUCGUAUGGGCCAAGUUGCAAAGCACUGGUAAGAUACGGGGCUUUCUGAUUGAACGCGAUCAAUGCCCUCCUGGUACACUAGAGACACCGCCUUUGAAGAAUAAGAAUGGUCUCCGAGCCUCCAUUACCGGCAUGAUACAAUUGGAUGAAUGUCCGGUUCCGGAAGCAAACAUGUUUCCAGAAGUUGAGGGGCUGAAAGGUCCUUUCAGCUGUCUCAAUUCGGCCAGAUAUGGAAUUGCUUGGGGCGUUAUGGGGGCUCUCGAAGACUGUAUCGCCAGAGCAAGGACGUAUGCUUUGGAACGGAGACAAUUCAAGAAUAACCCUAUCGCAAAAUACCAGCUGGUGCAAAAGAAACUUUCCGAUGCCGUUACAGAUGCUUCGUAUGGGAUUUUAGCCGCAACCCAGGUUGGCCGUCUGAAAGAUGAGGGUAGAUUGGCUCCAGAGAUGAUUUCGAUGAUUAAAAGGCAGAAUUGUGACCGUGCUUUGAUGAAUGCCAGGACGUUACAGGAGAUCUUUGGCGGCAAUGCAGUCAGUGACGAGUAUGGCAUUGGAAGACAUGUUGCCAAUCUCUUCGUGACGCAGACUUAUGAGGGUCAAUCCGAUAUCCAUUCAUUGAUUCUAGGUAGAGCCAUCACAGGUAUCCAAGCUUUUGUAUAA